CAAGCGCCGAGGCGGGGGGAGGAUGUCUGUGUGCGGGUCCUGCGUGUCCUUGAGACCCCGGGGAGGACGUAAGCCGUGAGGCUGGGACACUGGGUGGACAGCAGCGCUCGGGCCCUCGCGGAGCAAACCCAGUAGAGGGAGAGGAAGGCGUUCUCUCCCGGGUGUCGGUUUCCUCCCCCGUCAAUUGUGAGAGGGUUGGAGGGCUCCCGUUUGGGGAAAAUCUGGUGAUAUUCUGAUUGAUGAUUUUUGAUAUAUGAUUUCUACCUUUUUGGAAGUUUAAAGAAUUGUUUUCCUUCAUCUGUUUUCUUUAAAUUUGAUGAGGACAUACCUAGGUUUUCAUGAUGCCGAAUUCUUUGCUCUUAUGUAUAUUUCUAUUAAUGGUACCUGGUUAUGCUCAAGAUGAUGAAUGGAUUGAUCCCACCGAUAUGCUUAAUUAUGAUGCUGCUUCUGGAACAAUGAGAAAAGCUCCUCAGGUGAACUAUGGAAAACCUGAGAAAAAGGAAAUAAGUCUUACCGAUUCCAACUUGUCAUGUGCUGAUGAAAUGUCAGAAUGUUAUAACAAACUUGAUUCUUUAACUCAUAAGAUUAAUGAAUGUGAAAAGAAAAAGGGGAAAGACUAUGAAAGCCAGAGUAAUCAUGUUUUUAGGAGAUACUUAAAUAAGAUUUUAAUUGAAGCUGGAAAACUGGGACUUCCCAGUGAGGACGGAGAUGAUAUGCAUUAUGAUGCUGAGGUUAUCCUUAAAAAAGAGACAUUAUUAGAAAUCCAGAAGUUUCUCAGUGGAGAAGACUGGAAAUCAGGAGCCUUAGAUGAUGCACUAAGUGAUAUCCUAAUUAAUUUUAAAUUUCAUGAUUUUGAGACCUGGAAAUGGAGUUUUGAAACAACUUUUGGUGUGGAUCCAUAUAACGUAUUCAUGGUACUUCUGUGUUUGUUGUGCACUGUUAUGUUAAUAGCUACUGAAUUAUGGACAUACAUUCGUUGGUAUACUCAGUUAAAACGUGUUUUAUUCAUCAGUUUUCUUGUCAGUUUUGGAUGGAAUUGGGUCUAUUUAUAUAAGUUAGCCUUUGCAAAACAUCAGGCUGAAGUUGCCAAAUUGGAGCCAUUAAAUAAUGUUUGUGCUGAGAAGAUGGACUGGGUUGGAGGCCUAUUUGAGUGGUUUAGAAGUUCAUGGACGUUUCGGGAUGAUCCUUGCCAAAAGUACUAUGAGCUGCUACUAGUUAACCCUAUUUGGUUGGUUCCACCAACAAAGGCAUUGGCAGUUACUUUUACCAACUUUGUAACAGAGCCAUUGAAGCAUAUCGGACAAGGAACUGGUGAAUUUUUGAGGGCGCUUAUGAAGGAAAUACCGGUAAUACUUCACAUUCCAGUGUUGGCCAUGAUGGCUCUUGCUGUACUGGGUUUCUGCUAUGGUGCAGGAAGAUCAAUUGGUGGAUUGCGAUAUUUAAGAGACUCUGAAAGAGUACCUCGCCAGGCACUACGUCAAGGCAAAGGAAGACCACAGGAGGAAAUUGAGUAUAGGCGACAUGGUGGAGCAGGUGAUGCAGAUCUCUGUUGUCGGAGCCAUGUUUGUCAGAAAGAUCGAGGCCCUUAUUGCAAAGCAGAUGAGUGUAGAGGAGAUUUUUUGAGAGAGAGAUAUGUUGACUUAACUGGCAACAGGAGCCCUGAAGUACUACGGGCAUUUGAUAUACCAGAAGCAAAGGCAGAAGAGCAUCCCAAGGUGGUACCCUGUCAGAAAUCACUUAUUUUGGAUAAAAAUCCAGAAGAGAUUUGUGAAAUCCCAGAAAACAGCAAAGUGAAAGAAAGUAGCAGUAAAACAAACCAUUCAGCAGAGCCAUCCUGUGAGCAGCUGACCCCAGGGAGUCAGGAAGGCGAGCUUCCAGCAGCCCUUCUGGGAUCUGAAGACAGCAAACAUAAGUGUACACAGUCCCUGAGUAUGGUGCCUAGACAGAACGCAAGAGUUUCUGUUCCAGCAGGAUUUUAUCAGAGGAGCUUUAUCUCCAAACUCUUUUGCAAUCAAGAGGCGCUGAAAUGGAAAAUUCUAAUGAGACAUGAAGAAAGUAAAAAUCUGUCUCUCCAUCCUAAAGCCCAUCAUUAUAAAGUGAGAAAUAAUAAAUGAUUUGAUUGCAAUUCGGGUGGGAAAAAACAUUGCUUCAGGACAUUUCAUCAUCAUACCUGCUCAUGGGACACAACAGCAUCUCUAAAGUUGCCAAGAAGGUAAUGUGUAUUUCCAAGAUUCCCAAAGGCACGUCCCUGGGCUGCUCGGUCCCCUAAAGCAGUCACUAUUGAUAGAUUUUCCCUAAAGGACAAUAAAAAUUGUGAAGAAACAUAGUUGU